GGCGGGGGCAGAGGGAAAGCCCCCCUCCGGUCCAGCUGGCCUCUGGGCAGCCCCGGAUUUGUGGGUGGUUGGGCCCAAAGAAACGCCCAGGCGGGAAGGCUCUUAUUUUAUUAUUACUGAGAGCCUCAGGAGAGUUAUACCCGAUUCCCCAGGGAUCUCCUGGUGGUCUCCUUUUCAAAACCACCCAGUUCACUUUCAGAGAUGGAAGUUCCCGCCCCCUUCGCAGAAGUCAUCUUCCUGGACUUAAAAUUUGCCAGCUCCAAGUCUCUGCAUGGCAGGAACCACCCUUAGUCCAGCUUCUCAGCCCGUACAGCAAAUGGGAAGUCCAUUGGAAGUGCCUGAAAAUCUCCCUGGUGUGUCUUCAGUCCCUGGGCUGAUUGGCAGCUCAUUUCGUAGGGAGGAGAAAAAAACCACACACACACACCUUUCCACUGUGAAUGCGGCUCUUGGAAAUUGUAAACAGCAGGCCCCGUCCACCUCUGGGUGGUGAAUUAUAGGGUCUUAAUCAACUUGAAUUUCACUGGGUGUCUGGGAGUCUUUUUGCCUUUUUUGUCUGAUGUGCAGUCUUGAAAUUCUUGCAUUCCAAGUUUCUGGUGGUUUCCUGCCUCUUUCUGCCAGGAAUAAGUUUAAGUUUUUGUUAGCUUUAGUUUGAAAACCGAUCAUAGUAUCUCUAUGGAUACUACCAGAUUUUUGAAGAAAUAUUGAGGGCUAGUAUUUAUUAAAUUCCCAUGCCACUCAUCUCUUCCAAAGUGAAUCUACUACUUAUACUCUUACACUACUUUGGCAGACCAGGAUCCCAAAAGCUGUUACUCUGUAAUGUUAUGGUUUUGAUUAUGGUUAUGAGAAUUGGGACUUUCUCCCAUUGCACAUUUCCUGCAUUCUGAGUUGUAUUUCAGUUCAGUUUUGAUCAGGGUUUGAGGCUCACCUCUUCUCUCAGCACCUCACCUGAACUGUCUGAAGGAGGACUGGGCCCCCAACAAGUGAGGGUCACAGGCUUUCCCUAGACAGGCUGAAAUCUGCUGUGAUUGAUGGCUGCCCCUCCGUUUCGGGACAAGGCCUAGCACUGUAUACCUGCUGUAGAAUUCAGCUCUGGGCUCUUGAUCUGUUCCUGUGAUUAUGAUUCAUCAACCACUUUAAGGAAAUUAUUCCACUUUUCUGCUGACUGAACUAUUAGCAAAGAAUUUCCUAAUGGGCUUCUUUAUUUAGUAAGCUAUUUUUAUGCUGUUUUUGUUGCUGGAAAUUGUUGGUGUAUACAUGAGCGUGUGUAUUCCUUAGAAGAAAGUUCCUGUUGUUUUGCCUAUUUUUCUGUACAACAAAGAAGUUCUCAUUUUUUUCUCUUUUUAUUAUUUUUCAGUAUGUGUGUGUCAUUAAAAAAAAGUUGAUGAUGUCUGGCUAAGAGUGUGAGCUGCAGGUGCCAGCAUAGAAAAGCCAGGCCUGGCACCAUUUCCCUGGAUUUUCCUUUAAUUUCAUAAUGCUGAAUGGAAAAUUCACACAACGACCACAAAAUGACUUAUGCCAACAUGGAGUACAUAAUUUCCUUGCAGAAUUACUUGCCUUGAGUUGUUGUGAGGGUCACCAAUGGGUUGGGGUGACUUAGGUGUGUUUGGAAAUCCUUCCAAAGAAACCCCUAACUUAGACCAGAUGGCUGCAGAAGGGGUGCUUUUCCCAAGCUUCUACACUGCCAACCCGCUCUGUUCACCAUCCAGGGCAGCACUCCUGACAGGCCGUCUCCCUAUAAGGAAUGGCUUCUAUACCACCAAUGCCCACGCCAGAAACGCCUACACGCCCCAGGAUAUAACGGGGGGCAUCCCGGAUUCUGAGCUGCUCCUUCCAGAAUUGCUGAAGAAAGCAGGCUAUGCCAAUAAGAUAGUUGGCAAAUGGCAUCUGGGCCACCAACCUCAGUUCCAUCCCUUGAGGCAUGGCUUUGACACCUGGUUUGGAUCUCCCAAUUGCCAUUUUGGACCGUACGAUAACAAAGUCACCCCUAACAUUCCUGUUUAUAGGGAUACGGAAAUGAUUGGCAGGUAUUACGAAGAUAUAAAAAUUGAUCAUACGUCAGGAGAAGCAAACCUAACUCAAAUGUAUUUACAGGAAGCCCUGGAUUUCAUAAGCAGCCAGCAAGCCAGGCAUCGGCCAUUUUUUCUCUAUUGGGCCAUCGAUGCCACCCAUGCUCCUGUGUACGCCUCCAGGGAGUUCCUGGGCACAAGCCAAAGAGGAUUGUAUGGCGAUGCUGUGCGGGAAAUUGACUUCAGCAUUGGGAAAAUUCUUAGUCACCUUCAAAAUCUGGGCAUCAGCAACAACACCUUUGUGUUUUUUACAUCUGACAACGGGGCCGCCCUCAUUUCAGCCCCAGAACAAGGAGGCAGCAAUGGCCCUUUCCUAUGUGGCAAGGAAACGACUUUUGAAGGUGGCAUGAGAGAACCAGCUAUUGCCUGGUGGCCAGGACACAUACCUGCGGGACAGGUGAGUUACCAGCUGGCCAAUGUGAUGGAUCUCUUCACCACUUGCCUCUCCCUGGCAGGACUGCAGCCUCCCGGUGACAGGCAGAUCGACGGCAUCGACCUCCUGCCUGUCCUUCUGCAAGGCAAACUAAUUGACAGACCAAUAUUUUAUUACCGUGGCAAUGAAAUGAUGGCAGUGCGGGUUGGGCUUUAUAAGGCCCAUUACUGGACCUGGAGCAAUUCCUGGGAGCAGUUCAGCCAGGGCAUCGAUUUCUGCCCGGGGCAGAACGUUUCCGGAGUCACCACGCAUGAGCAAGUGGAGCACUUGAAGUUCCCCCUGAUCUUCCACUUGGGAAAGGACCCUGGAGAAAAGUACCCGAUCAGCUUCUCCAGCGCCGAAUACGUGUCUGUUUUGGAAAAAGUCUCUCCGAUCGUCCAAGAGCACAAAGCCACGCUGGUCCCGGGGCAGCCUCAGCUGAACGUCUGUGACAAGGCAGUCAUGAACUGGGCUCCUCCAGGCUGUGAGAAGCUGGGGAAGUGUUUGAAAGCUCCCCCUCCUGACCCAAAGAAAUGCUUUUGGCCUCACUGAGAGCCUGGCCUUGGCAAUCCGCUGUCCAGCAACUGUCCCCCGUUCCUUCCAACCCCUGGCUGCCCUGGGGAAGGUGACUCCGGCUGCUGCUGCUGCUUGUUCAGAAGAAAGCAUCCCAAGAAUUGUUUCAAAAGGGUCACUUUGGGGCAGGGGUCUCCUGUCUUGAACUGGGGCAAUUUUAAUCUCUCUGAAGGGAGCCUCUCUGGAAAUGAAGAAAUGCUCGAUACUCUUGCAAGCUGCAGGGUCUCCUUCUGGCUGCAGGGGAAGAAAUGUACGCCCUCCUGGAUCUGAGGGGCAUCUCAGGGUCAGCCAGGUCAGCCUCUGUAGUUGGAACCACCUGCCUUUUGGGAAGUGCCAAAUCCUUACAUGAAGGAGCUUCUGCUACUGUGAUUUUUUUAAAACAAAUGAAUUAGUUUUAUAUCUGUUGAGGCCAAUUUUUAAUACUGCUGGGCAUUUGUAAGAAAUGAAGGCUGGUUAUAUAUUUGA